CGGCGCGCGUUCCGCUGCGCCCGCGAGGAGCUCGCCGGGAUGCCGCACUUCCCGCGCCGCCUCGAGCCCAAGCGCCUCGCGCUCGCCCUCAAGAAGGAAUUCGACACCGCUUACGGCGCGGCUUGGCACUGCAUCGUGGGGACGAGCUUCGGUUCAUACGUCACGCACGCCAAGGGCGGAUUCUUGUACUUUUCUGUUGAUAAGGUCUACAUACUGCUCUUCAGGACGGCGGUCGAGCCCCCGCCCCAUUGACGAUGGGCAGACAAAUCGCCGUUCACUAAUUGUAUGCACUGUGUGGGAGUGUGAGGACGUCCCAGCUCUCAAAUGCAAACGGUUCGGCUGAACAAGCCCUUGUAAUUACAGUAAAUUGCAUUGUUUCUUCGAUGGCAAUGGAGACUCCAUUUUUUGCAUCA